AUGGCGCCAGGAGAUAAAUCCUCAACAUCAAACACGAACCCUUUCCGCAUCGCCAUCAUAGGCGGAGGCAUCGGCGGACUCACGACGGCGCUCUUCCUUCAGCACUUUUGCACCGGCGCUGGCAAGUGCGGCUCUCCAACCUCGCUGAAUCCCAUCGACAUCGACGUCAACAUCUACGAGCAGGCGCCCUCGUACAGGGAUACCGUGGGCGCGGGCAUCGGCAUCGGCGUCAACGCAACCAAGCUUCUCCACCGCAUCGAAGGACUUGGUGAUGCGGUCAACGCCAUCGCCGGCGAAAAGGACGGCAUCUGGUUCACCCUGCGCCGCUUCGACAACAGCGAGGAAAUCACCACCGUGUAUUCCAACGACGAUGGCAAGAUCAAGCAGGCGGCCGUGGCGCGGCCCGAGUUGCUGGCUGUGCUGAGAAGCUUUGUGGAGAAGAACGGGGCUGCCAGGGUCACUUUGGGGAAGAAGUGUAGGGCUGUGGAGGAUCUGGGCAAGGGCGUAAGGAUGCGUUUUGAGGACGGGACAUCUGCAGAAGCAGAUCUCGUCAUCGCCUGCGAUGGCAUCCACUCGGCUGUGCGACAGCAGUUUAUCCAGGACAAGGCCGUCUACAGCGGCAAGUUCAUCUACCGCGGAACAGUGCCUAUAACGGACCUUCCCUCGCCCUGGCCAUUCCCUUCCUACUCAACCAUGUGGAUUGGGUCGGGCAAGCACGUCGUCGUGUAUGCCAUCAGCGCCAACCAGCGGCUCAACUUCGUAGGCUGCGUCUCCAAGAGCGAGGAUAAGAUCCGCGAUUUUAGGGAAAGCUGGUCUUUGACUUGCGACCGGAAGGAGCUCGAACAGGAGUUUUCCGACUGCGACGAACUGGUGCAGAAGAUCAUCAAACUGCUGCCCGAGAGGCCAUCCAAGUGGCUCAUCAACGAUCGGGAUCCGCUGGCCAAGUGGACGUUCAUGGGCGGGAAGGUGGCGCUGCUUGGGGAUGCGGCGCACGCCAUGGUCCCGCACCAGAGCGCGGGAGGCGGGCAGGCCAUUGAGGAUGCCUAUAUCAUCUCCAAAGCCCUGGCCGAGUACCUGGACGAGAAGAGAACGAACCGAGCGAGGGCGCCAGGUCUGGAGAAGUGGAUGAACCUGUACCAAACGAUCCGCCUACCGCGGUCUCAGCGGGUCCAAGAGACUAGUAGGGAGGCAGGUCUCUUGUUUCAGUUGCAAGUGCCCGAAAUGCAGGGCAAGUCGUACGAUGAGAGCCUCCCGAUCCUGGUGGAGGGUGUCAACGGCCGUUUUAAAUGGAUCUGGUCUGAGGACAUUGACGUUGCGUACGACAGAGCCAGGACGGAGUUGUUGGAGAAUGAGGCUGUGAGGAGGAGUAAGCGGGGAUGGUGUUUCUGUAUGUGA